UUUUUAUGUCUUAGGAAACAUAAAAUCUCAUCAUGGGAGCUGUGGUGGUUGACGAUGGUCCAGGCGGAGUUAAAGCCCCAGAUGGCGGCUGGGGCUGGGCUGUUCUCUUUGGGUGCUUUGUCAUCACAGGAUUCUCCUAUGCCUUCCCAAAGGCCAUGAGCGUCUUCUUUAAAGAGCUUAUCCGGGAGUUUGGUGUUGGAUACAGUGACACCGCAUGGAUCUCCUCCAUUCUCUUGGCUAUGCUUUAUGGAACAGGCCCCCUGUGCAGUGUUUGUGUCAAUCGGUUUGGUUGCCGUCCUGUUAUGCUGGUCGGAGGCCUCUUUGCUUCAGCGGGGAUGAUCACUGCUUCCUACGCCACUAACAUAAUACAGGUCUACCUUACCGCUGGUGUCAUUACCGGACUGGGCCUGGCGCUCAAUUUCCAGCCAUCACUCAUCAUGCUGAAUCGCUACUUCAGCAAAAAGCGACCUUUGGCCAACGGGUUGGCUGCAGCUGGAAGCCCUGUGUUUCUUUGUGCUCUUUCACCCUUGGGGCAGGGACUACAACAUGAGUAUGGAUGGCGAGGAGGAUUUCUCAUCUUGGGGGGUUUGCUUUUGAACUGCUGUGUUUGUGGAGCUCUGAUGAGACCGUUGGAUGCUCCUAAAAAACCUGACGCUUCCGAAGCGGCCCCUGAGAAGCCAAUAAAGAAAAAGCUACUGGAUUUCAGUGUCUUCAGAGAUCGUGGCUUCGUAAUCUAUACAGUAGCUGCAUCCAUCAUGGUGCUGGGCUUAUUUGUGCCCCCGGUCUUUGUGGUGAGCUAUGCUAAGGAUUUGAAGUAUCCAGACGGCAAAUCAGCUUUCCUUCUGACCAUUCUUGGAAUGAUUGAUAUCUUUGCUCGGCCUAUUUGUGGAAUAGUGGCUGGCUGGAAGUGGGUUAGGCCCCGCUGUGUCUACCUCUUUAGCUUUUCUAUGCUCUUUAAUGGUUUUACUGAUCUCAUGGGGUCCAUGGCCUACAAUUAUAAUGGACUGGUGGUCUUCUGCAUUUUCUUUGGCAUUUCCUAUGGAAUGGUUGGUGCUCUUCAGUUUGAAGUUCUCAUGGCUAUUGUUGGCACACAGAAGUUUUCCAGUGCCAUUGGUUUAGUUCUCCUGAUGGAGGCGAUGGCCGUUCUAAUUGGACCACCUUCAGCAGGCAAAGUCUUGGACGCAACACACAAAUAUAUGUAUGUUUUUAUUAUGGCUGGCGUUGAAGUGGUCACUUCGGCUUUAGUGCUGGCUAUAGGAAAUGCCUGCUGUAUUAAAAAACCAGCAGAAACACAUACACAAGAAGAUGUCGCUGAAAGAGAAGAGUUAAACAAAUCUGGAAACGCCAAGGUGGACUCUGUUGAAGUGGAACACUUUCUGAAAGACGAAAAGAACGGGGAAGUUGUAACUAACCCAGAAACCUGUGUGUGAAUGCGACAUGGACGAAUGUCAUAUAUUUAGAGGAGGAGUCAGAACAUUUCAACACUUAAUUUAUUUUAGAAAUAGGACUAGCUUAGGGCUGGGCCAUCUUGUUUGGGAACCGGAGGCCAGCCAGCUUGUGAAAUCACCCUUUGGAAGCUGGCUUGUUUAAAAACCUUUCUCCCCACUUAAAAUGGGAUUGAUCUUCAGGCUAAGCUGCUUGGGCAUACCUACUGCUGUAAGCAAAUGGCCUUCUAAACACAGGUAGAGGUCCCACAAGGCAUCACAAGAAAAUGCUCACUUCGAUGAAAUUGUAUUUUAACUAGAGAGGAAGUGUACAUAAAUGUUCCUGUAAUGCAGAGGAAAUACCCGUCUUAUUUUUGUGUGUGUGUGGUGCACCUCAAUGUAUCUUCCAUGUCUUUGUGUGAUUAAGGAGGAAUGGCUUAGCAAGGAGAAAUCUCAGGGACUUGGUUGUCUCUAAUAGGUUUCCAAACCUAUUCUUUUCCACAUAUGUUUAGAUCAUUUGACUCAACCGUAAUCUAAUUUUGAUAACCUGUACAAUUUUCAAUAACCUUUUGGUUUGUUAAAUUGAUUUUUAUGAGUUUUCUUUUUGUUUUCAUUGUCCUUUUUUUACUGGAAAUAUUAUACAUGUACCGAGAAGGACACGGCAAUCCGUCCCAGGAAACUCCACAACUGCUCUUCUCAAAUCUCUUUCUCUAGAGAAAAUUGAUGUCUUGUUUUAGAAGGCCAAAAGAGCAAUCCUUGUGCGCUCCCUACUAAACUCAGCUUUAAGAACAGACCCUCAUUCAUAGAGGAAGCCCUUCCAAACACAGGUGAUGGGUAUUCAUUUCUAGAUGUGAGCCUCCGACAUUUGCAGGUUCCAGAUUAUACUGGAGGAGGGGGAGCACGCACACCUUGCGUGAUCAGGUGCAAAAAAAGUAUGUUGCAAAAAGGUGCUAACCAAAUGCAUUUUCACUAAACACCGUACCACCUCCAUUUUGAGGCAUUCAUGGGAUUGUCGGUCAUUACAGGAUAGAAUGGCUGAAAGGAAAAAGAGGAGGGCAAAGGAGGUAGGUUUGCCUCCUGCCACCCAUAUUCAUUGGAAUUAAAACUCCAGUGGUGCAGCUCUCCUGUCUCUGAGACUCUCAGCAGCUUGUGAAGUACGGUAAUAUGUGGGCAAUCAGACAGCAAAUGGCACCCUUUGGGGACACAGGUGGGGGUUGACUGCAGGGGUGAGGUGGGUUUCAUUUGGAAGCACAGUGUUGGGGGAGGCGGAAGCAGUUUAACUCACAGCAUCUCCUUACUUAAAAGAACUGCUAGGCUUGCUCUGGGAUUCACACUACCACUUAAUGCAUGUUAAUCACAAUAAUCUCACAAUUAGCAUGGAUUCUCAUCUGCUCCUUUAUUAAGUAUUUUAAAGGUGGGCCGAUGACUCCAAGGGCUUGCAUACACAAUUAAGAGGCAUCUGAGGUUCUUCCACAGGUGGGUGUUUUAGGGUCAUUAGUCCUGAAUGAAAAACCACAUAUGCAGAUAGCUGAUAUAAGGAAUCAAGGUUAGAAUUGUGAGUUGUGCAUCGAUCCCAUCCUAUGGUUUACAUAAAGGGUCACCAAGUGGCAGACACAGGCAGAUACUUGGCCUGCAACAUGAAGUGUCUAGCCAGCCUGUUACUAUCCUAUACUACAUUCAUGCACUACAAGCUCACUAGACGGGUAAGAUGACAUGAUAGCAAAAGGAUAUUGGCUUAUUCCUCUGCUCUUGUACCAUCCCUUAUACCAUGCUUUUGUGGAAAAUGUCAGGCUCUUAGCGGAAGGGAGACUGGUGAGGAUGCAUGACAAUCUUAGUGGGAAAUGGAUGGUAAAACAAUUCUGCCAUGUACUCUGAGCCCAGAAACGAGGUCAAAUCCAUGCAUGUAUGUCCCAUCUCACUGAGUGAGAAAAUUGGUUGUCACUAGCUUACAAGAUCACUAAAUGAUGACUGGGCACAUUAUGCCAGGUGUCAAAGAUAAUGGUUCUUUCCCUAAAAAUGCAGUGAGAUAUUAGCCCUGUUCAUUCAUUCCCUCUCAUGUGAUUCCAAGUGUUUGAGUGAAGAGAGCAGGGACACAGUUGCUAGCACCCUCCCUACAUUGUGAUCCCAACAGCUUGUCGUUGUGUUGCUCUCUACACAGUCAAAUGCCAUUUCUGCAGCAGAGAAAGCAGGCUCCUCCCUAGGGAAAUUCUGCUCAAACAUGCAGUGGCAUGCAGGGAGGGGCUGAUGGGGACAUGAUGGAGGGGGUGAGGCCAACAAGUGCACUUCAUCCUCACAUGCAUGUGGAGGAAUGAAUAGGAGCAUUGCCAAGACACAAAGAAAAUAGUCAAAGACUUCUAAUCUCUAACAUAAUGUUUAACCAAAGGGGAAAUGUGCUGAUUACAGUAUUACUUUUGAUAACAUUACGUUUAGCAGAAGCUUCUAUUCUUCUGAAUUUAGUAGUAGCAGCUGAUGGCCAAACCCAGGACAAAAUGACUAAACAAAACUUAGGUCAACCUUGACCUGGAAUGCAUAGUAUUUUGGGUGAAGAUACUAAGAUCUAAGUUAACCUACAUUAUGAGAAGGAAAUGAUUGAUCUGAGCACCAAAAUGAGGUGUCAGGUUGAUGCCCUGAUGAAACGAUUAAAAAAUGGUAGGCUGAGACAGCUGUACCACAUAUAACAUUUGCAAGGGAAGGCAUGCCAGCGUCUUUUUUUUGGGGGGGGGGGGGACAGUCCAAAAAAAGGGGUCAGGCCAAAGCUGGCUCCUCAACAUAGCCAAAAUUUCAUUAAUAUGUUCCUUAAUCAAGUUUUUGAUAAGCAUUGAUCCAGUGAGAAGUUCAUACUGGGUAUUGAAUUAAAAUGUAUUUGAUGGCAGGGGCUAACAAUUUUAUAAUUUUGUAUUCUCCUAGACAUGCAUUCAUCAGCUAUUUAUUUGUAAACCCAGUACAUUAUUCGUAUGGAACAGUCUCCUUGUCCUCUUCCAGCUGCAGAUCCUUUGCAGAAUUCUAGCUAUGCCUGUUGUUUUAAGAUGGUUAGGAAACAUGUGUUCUGCUGCACUGACUCCUGUAGAGCUUAUUCAACACCAUACAUCUGCUUCUGGAUUGUGCUGGGGGUGGGGGAGCAGAAUCACAUGCUCCCAGCAAAUGCUAUACUUUUCAUUAUUAAACUGCAGUGUGGAUUUCACUUCCAGUCCUAGAAAGUGACAUGUUGAUUAUUGUGAAAUAAAAAGCAAAGAACUAAAUAUUAACAACUUCCCAAGCUUCAAAAGCUAUUUGUCAAGGAGUGAGUGGGGCUGCCAUUUUGAUAAAAAUAGUAAUAAUAAAAGACUCAAGAGCUCAGUAGCCCUUCAGAUCACAGCUUACAUAUUUAGAAGAGAAAAGAAGAUAAGAAAUGGGGAAACUAGAACCAUAUGGUAGGGAAGUGUUUCUUUCACCUCACAGGACUUUGCCAAACAGUAGUUUUAAACAGUCUUAAAUGCUGGGAGAAAUGAUGUACCUUUGCUCUUCCUUUGUCCAAGCUCCUACCAGGUGUCAUUUUUUAAGGGACACAAAUUUAACUAGCUUGUGAAAUGCAGGAUUCCAGAAAUCAGGGACAUGAAGAUCCUUUUACUGGGACAAUUUGAGUCUCGGCUUCAUACAUUUCUUCUCAAGGCAGAAAGCUCCUUACAACAGUUUUGUUCACAAAAAGCAAGGAAAAAACCCCAUCACCUCAUUGACUAUAUAUCUUGUUAGCUUUGAGUUCCUUUUUUUGGGAGGGGGGGGGGCAAAAUCUCUAGAGAAGAAAUGUGCUAUGCAUAAUGUACAAUUAACAUUUCCACAAGUUUCUUUGCUGACUGCGAGGGAUAAAAAGAACGCCCUACUUCUUGGUGCAGUUCUGUGAAGUAACAUUUACGACACUGUUUUCUGUUCGGUACAUGCUAUAACUUACACAGUGCCAGAUGACGUUUGACUAUUCUAUAUUUGGUGGACUUUUAUGUUAUCUUCUCCAGCUGUUUUCUAUAAGGAAUGUAUGUAAACAUGUAUGUGUGAGUGCAAAUGCGCGCAAAAGGGUUGAUGCAGGAGAACACGACCGCAAAUGAAAAUGAGCAGCUUACACACAUACCCUUUGUUCCAGAGACUUGCGUGUGCUCAAGUACACGCAUAGCAUCUCUUGAAUGGACAAAGGUUCUGAUUCUUUUCAAGGGAUGCAGCACACGUUAUCAGGAUAUGCAGCCUAGGUCCACAGCAUGCCCUUCUAAGAUGAAUGGGGAAGAUUGUGUGUGCAGGGGAAGCUGGGGGUCCAUCGAUACUCUCGCACACAGACCCCUGCAUUCAGGUAUCCUAACAGACAAAAGAACCAACUUGGGUUCUCUACUACAUAAAGCAAAAGUACCAAAUUAUUUUUUAUUCUCUUUUUAAAUACGUAAUAUAGAAAGAUCUAUAUUUUUAUCCAUUUGGAGGAGGAGUGAAAGCAGUUGAACCAAAUAGGUUGAAUGAUGCAACAGACCUUUAAAUAGUGACCAAGAGCCUUUUUUUCACCCCGCCCCCUUCAACACACAUUGCUGAAGGCACACACCACCCUGGGGCAUGUGAUGAGGGUGUGUGAGCGCAAGAUGCUUGGAAACGAUCCAUUCUGGUGAGUCCCUUCUGCGCUAUUUUAUCCAGUCUAUGCAAUUCUUUUCAUACAUCAACAAAACUCGCCCCCUUCAACCGUUAUCACCACGUGGUACACUCAGAGGUUUGCCUUCUUCAUUCGCAAAGUGCGACAGCUGCUGCUGCAGCUCAGUGGUGAGGGAAGGUUUCCAGGAGAACAAAGCUCUUGUGUGCUAUGAGCAAUGUUUCGUGCAGGAUUUGUCUGUCUCAAUUGUCGGCGUGUGCGUGCAGUAUAUGGCUGUGUACGGCUGUGCUCGUGACAGGUUUGAAGCAAGUGAAGUCACUCUUGUCCCUGCUUUCAUGUAAAUGCACUUUAAUGUAAUACAGUGUGGACGUCAUGUCAAUGUAAUCUGGAUUUAUGCUUUUCUAGUGAACUGUUACAACCAUAGUGAAUAAAGCUAUUUAUUCUGUUGUCAAAA